AUGUCCGCUCUGGGCGCAAGGACCAAGAAGGUCACAACAUAUGGCAAGAAACAGAGUCGCAUCAUCAACAUACAUGCCGACAUUACACCCGAACGCCCAACCACUACUGCAGCAGGUCCCGCUGACUCGCCGCUGCCAGUGAAGCGCCAGCCGCUCAAGGCCAAGCCGUCCCAAGACACGAUUGCUCGGCGCAUCCUCUACAGUGCUCCCGAUACACCGCUCAAGGCACUCAAGACAUUCGACUCGCCACUCAAGCCCAAAGCUGCCGCGGUCCAGUCAACCAGGGCGGUCCUGGGCCCGUCCAGGGUUGUCAAGGCCAUCACACGCAAACCGCCUUCCUCCGACGACGACGAAGUGGUGUUCUUGAAGAACGUCACUGCGAGGCGUACUCGUCGAGUGGUUAUCCCUCGUUCUCCAUCGUCUUCACCUGGUCGCACUAGUGUCCCUGGAAGCAUGGUGCGCGGCCGCUUGCGCCAUGCUAUACCGCCAACCACUCUCCGCAGUCACGUUGCCGCCAACGAUCUCACCGCGCGUCUUGCCAAGGUGUCGCUCGAGGACGAAGAAGAAAAGAAGAAGGCAAAAGAACAGCCUUCCACCGCCUCGCCACUCGAUGACCUGCUCGCUGUAUGCACCAUCUCUGAACGGAUCCCCUUUGACAAGUUCUUCGUCCACACCGAGUUUACUCCCUUGCUCCGCGGGACCGACACCACCAUUCGCAAGUACGGCGAGGCAUCCUACUCGGAGGUGUUUACUGUCGGCGCCGAAGACACCGCAGUCGUUGUCAAGGUCAUCCCUCUCCUCGGUGACAACGCAGAGUUCGAUGUCGAGCUGCCCGACUGCUCCGAGAUUCCUGACGUUGUCCGCGAGAUUGAAAUGACCCGGCGGAUGGCCGGCGUGCCCGGUGGCGGAUUUGUGGACUUUUUGGGUGCCUUUGUCGUCGAGGGAGCAUACCCACAGGUGUUGCUGGACCAGUGGGACCAGUUCAAGGAGGAGAAUGGGUCAGAAAGCACCAGGCCAGCCGUGUUUUGGCAAGUAGCCGACGCGUUGGCCAGGGCAGAGCAGUGGACGCAGUUUGAGAUCCUUGUCACUUCCGUCGACGCCCAACCCCCCGCGCCAGUGAAGAACUAUCUCGAUCCCGAGGCCACUGCCGUCCGCACUGCGGUUAUCGACUUUGGACUCUCCCGCUUAGACCUUCCAGGGAAGGGAGCAGUGUUCACCCACCUCCCCAAGGAAGUGUACGAAGGUGUGGGCGACCAGUGGGACGUCUACCGCGCAAUGCGUGACACGUUGACCAACGACGCAUCCACAUCUACCUCGUCAGACCCAUGGACCGGCUUCCACCCAGCAACAAACGUCAUGUGGCUGCAUUACCUCGCCAAGCGUCUUCUCCGCUCCACGCCAUCUCUGCGCAAACCUUACGCUCGUCGUGGAAGCACUGCCACGGCAGCAGCACCCAGGAACUCGGCCGCGGCCAAGAAGGAGGUUAUUCGCGCCCGCGCCGAGGCUGCGUGGGGAAUGCUCUGCAUCGUUGAGAACACUUUGGCAAUGGGUCUGGCUCCUAAUUCGUCGUCUCGGGGAUCAAGGGCAAAGAGUAAAGUGGAGCUGGGCAGUGCCGCUGCGGUUAUGGAGUGGGGCAGGGAGCAGGAGUGGGUUGCGUAA